GAGAUGACGGUCUGUCGUAUUCGUGUCGUGUUGUGACGAAGAGGAAGAAGAAAAAGUGUCUUCGUUGACAGCAGGAUGGUGUUAUCGGGCGAUAUUCUCCUGGCUAUUUUUAUCGUACACCUGAGCCCCCUCAGUGUCUGGGGAUAUUUGGAGUCUGGUGGCAACAGUGCAUCUGAUAGGUUGGAGAACGUGACCCAAACAAUUUCCCGUAUUCUCGACGGUUACGAUAUUCGAUUGCGUCCCAAUUUCGGAGGGGAUCCUCUCAAGGUUGGCAUGGACCUCACCAUCGCCAGUUUCGAUGCUAUAUCCGAAGUCAAUAUGGAUUACACGAUAACAAUGUACUUGAAUCAGUACUGGAAGGACGAGCGGUUGGCGUUUUCAUACGAAGCAGAAGUGUUGACGCUGAGUGGUGAUUUUGCCGAGAAGAUUUGGGUACCGGAUACAUUCUUCGCCAACGACAAGAACAGAGGUUUCGUUCCCAGCUUUCUUCACGACGUCACUGAGCGCAACAAACUCGUGAGACUAUCCGGGGAUGGUUCGAUAACAUAUGGAAUGAGAUUUACAACUACCCUAGCAUGCAUGAUGGACCUCCACUACUAUCCACUGGACUCGCAAAACUGCACUGUGGAGAUUGAAAGUUAUGGAUACACUGUGCUGGACGUCGUCAUGUACUGGAAGGAGACACCGGUACGUGGAGUUGAGGAGGCUGAACUGCCCCAAUUCACGAUACUCGGAUACGAAACUAACGAUCGGAAAGAGCGUCUUGCCACUGGCAUCUAUCAAAGACUCUCCUUGAGUUUCAAACUUGAGAGGAACAUCGGUUAUUUUGUCUUUCAGACGUAUUUACCUAGUAUUCUUAUUGUCAUGUUGAGUUGGGUCAGCUUCUGGAUCAAUCACGAGGCUACAAGUGCCAGAGUAGCUCUUGGUAUCACGACGGUACUGACAAUGACAACGAUAUCAACGGGUGUUAGAAGUUCACUCCCACGCAUCAGCUACGUCAAAGCCAUUGACAUCUAUCUCGUCAUGUGCUUCGUAUUCGUUUUUGCAGCGCUACUUGAAUAUGCAGCUGUCAAUUACACGUAUUGGGGGGCCAGGGCAAGAAAAAAAACUAAACAGAAGAGAGAUCUAAUGAAGAAACAAACAUCAGUUCAAACACCAGAAACCACAGAAGCUGACAUAAUAGAGCUACAAGAUCUUCGAAUAUCACCGCUACCAAGCAUCAGGAGUCGAUCGGGUUUGGCAAGUGGUGCGACAACUCCAGCAGCAGUUGGAGUUCAAGAUCGUGGUCAGUUUCCACCAAGUUUUCGUCCUGCGCGUUAUAAUACCAGAAGCAGUGGACUUAGAUACCGUGGCACACGUCAGCACAAACCAAAGGUCUUUCAUGCCCUGAAACGAGGCGCCUCAGUGUUAAAAGCCUCAUUACCAAAGAUCAAGGACGUCAACGUCAUUGACAAAUACUCCAGACUCGUGUUUCCAGUCAGCUUCAUCCUCUUCAACGCUGUCUACUGGACAUUCUACGUCGUCUGAAGUGAAA